GUGACACAGCGAACAGAACACCAUCAGCAGAAUGCAGUCCAAUCAAGUCUAUCGCCACAAGAAGUUCGAUUUUGGGCGUUCAUCGGCAGAGAAAGCCGAUUUGCUCCUCAAAGAAGAGCUCAUCUCCCGCACUGGAACGCCCUGCAGCAGUCGCAGCGCCUACGAUGAGUGGGAAGAGAGCAGCACCAGCCACUGUUCCAGUGAGUAUGGAGGCCACUUUCUGCCGCUGGCCAAGCGCCGACGACUCGACACCUCUACCACAGCAUCCUCCUCGCAUUCUCUAACCUCGAUCAGUGCGGCCGCUCUGCAAAACAUCUGCAAGUAUCACGGCAACAUGGUACGAAAGUUCCCCAAGAAGGAGCGCACGCCCAAGGAUCAGGAGCGGCGAAACAAGAACACCAUUGCCUGCCGCAUGAGUCGGCGCGUCAAGAAGCUGGAGCAUCUGGCCAUCGAGGAGCAGUACAACGAAUUCUCCAGCCAGCACCUCAAAAUAGCCGAGCAGAGCAUGCGAGCCUGUGUCUAUCUUAAUCACCUCCAGCAGCUGGUCCAGCAGGAGUCCAAGGAAGCAGCAACGGCAACAACCCAGCCGCCCCAGAAGAUUCCCACGCCUGCGAAGAACUUCAGCAUCGAAUAUCUGAUCGGAGCGAUGCAACGGGAGCAGUGUAGCUACUCCGAGGGCAAUUCCCCCUUAAUCACUGUGUGAUU